UUUUGAGUGCGAAUAAAUUCUUGUUUUUUUUUCUGUUCUUUUCACUUGACACUUGUGCUAUUUAUUGCAUGUCAAUGAAUGAAUUCAUGAAUGUUUUCUUGAAAUUGAUUAUAUCUUGAGAUAUGGGUGUUUUUUUUUCAUUUUCGAUUGAAGACAUUGACAUGAAAAACCGAAAUUAUAUUGCCAAAAAAAAAAAAAAAAAAUAUACAAAAAAAGCGAAUUCGACUUGUUUGAAAAUAGUUUGAACAUUCGAUGAUGUGCGUGCGCGCAUAUACGAUCUUUAUGAAUGGAACUUUUUUUUUUUUUGUGUUUUUUUUUAUUCGAUGCAUGUAAACAAACGCGUCAGCUUUGAAUAUAAAGCCUAAAAGUUGGAUUUGUUAUUUCAUCAUACUCUGUGUUUUUGUUGAAGUUUCUAUUAUUGAUUAAAUUGAUUUCAAAUUUACAUUUUCAAUCAUCAUGGUGUAUAUAAAUUCACGUGGCGAAAUUGUUGACCACGAACCAAUUACAUGGAAAACACCAUUCAAAUUUCUAUUACGAUUCAUUUGGUUUUUCAUCAAUUUUUUUCUAACUUUAUUCGGUAUGAGUGAUCGUUCGGAUUCGAUGAAAAGAUAUUUUCUUGGCAGUAGUGGAUAUUCGAGUGGCGGAGGCGGUGGCGGUAAUGAUUAUCCUGGAGGUGGUGGCGGCGGCGGUGGUGGUGGUGGUUUCGGUGGACGUCCCCGACGAAUAGCAACAUUACCUCGUAAUAGUCCAAUUGGAAUGUCAACUUGUCCGGGUGGAUCUUGUGGACGUUAAUAUGACAAUGAUGAUCAAUUUCAAUUCAAUUUGACCAAUAUUAUCAUUCUAUUUUUUCAUAUUUAUUUUAUGGUUAUAUUAUAUUAUAAUUUUCAAUGUUUUCUGUUCUGUUAACCCGAUAAUAAUAGAUUGAAAUGUCAAAAAAUUUUCAUAAUUUAACAAUUGAAUUCAU